AUGUGUGUAUGUGUGCGUGAACUUGUUUGCCUGAAGCAGAAAAUGAAAAGAGCACCAACCUGUAAUUAUCUUCUAAUAAAUAAACUUGUGUGUAAGCAUGAAGUGAAGGUGGUCAGUCAUUCCAGGCAGGCUUCUCUUAAUAUAAUUAUUUCUUUUACGAAAUGCUUAGAAUUCUUCUUCACCAACAGUCUUUCUCUCGAGCACACACUGAUCAUGUGUAUUCAACUGAUUUUAGGCUGCUGUUAUUCUGUUGUCUUGAUGAAAUUUCUCCGUUUUCUUUUUGCUUCUGUUUCGUUUACACUAUUCUUGGUUUCGUUUAGUGUUCACCAAUUUUCAAGUGUAAAUGCUUUCCAUUUAAAUUUCUAA